AGGAGAAACCCAAAGGCUGGACUAGAGGAUCUCAGGUCACAGUCAUGGAAGUGAGAGAGGAUGCAGAGUCCAACUGUGAUGUAGCAUUCGCUGAAGCUCAGAGAUGGGUGGAGGCAGUUACUGAGAAAAACUUUGAAAACAAGGAUUUUCGAGCAUCUCUAGAAAAUGGUGUCCUGUUGUGUGAUUUGAUUAAUAAGCUUAAACCUGGAAUAAUUAGGAAGAUCAAUCGCUUAUCUACACCAAUAGCAGGUUUGGAUAAUAUAAAUGUUUUUCUGAAAGCUUGUGAAAAGAUUGGAUUGAAGGAAGCUCAGCUUUUCCAUCCUGGGGAUCUACAGGAUUUAUCGAAUCGAGUCACGGUCAAGUAAGUUUCACCUGUUGGAUAUCUUUAAAAAAAAAACUAAACUAAACAAAACUAUAGGGCCAUACUGUUUGAUAUUAAUUUAAGUGAGAAGGCUGAUGGAGAAUACAUAGAAAAAGAAAAAAAAUCCUUUUUAUCAGGUUUCAACAAGGAAGUUUGUAUAAGCAUAAUGUUGUCUGAGGCUAAAUGUGGUUGAUAGAGGAUAUGUGUUCUGUGCUGGAGAAACUUGAAUCUCUAUUUAAAUGAAUUGGCUAGUUAAUAUUUUUAUUUUUGUGUGACAAUUUU